UGAGUUCCUGCUGACUGAUUCGCGAAGAAAGAAAGUGAUAUUUACCUCUUCAUAAUCUUGCUUAAACUUCUAUCAGCGUCGUUUAUUGUGCGUCCGUGUGUCGUCGUACUGUAUUUUCUCUAUCAAUCUUCUGUCGUGUGCGUCGUUUCGUGUAUGUUUAUUAAAUGGUGGCUUGUGUGUUCCCCGAGCAGUAAACCAACAAACUGAUAAGGGCUAAAUCCCCGUGUUUCUAUUCGAACAGCAGUGGUGAAAUCUGCGGUAGCUACCUGCAGCAGCCAAAAAAGCGAUCUGGAGAUGAGUAGUUACUCGUCUGCUUCACCGACCGGAUCGCCAACGGUUUCGGAAAGGAAUUACAACAGUGCCACCACAAUCUCCGCAGGAACGAACAAUGAACAAGUGAAAAUCAAUACUACGCCAAAGCUCCAACAGCGCCAGAAGCAGAAACCGAGCAACCAACAGCAACAGCAGGAUAUAGCAAGGGACGAGGAAGGUACAGGCACACAAAGUCACGCCGCUAUGAACAUCAACGAGUCGGACGGUGGUUUCAUAGAGACGCCUGGGCUGGGGGAUUCACAGGCGUCCUUGUUGAACGAAGAUCGACUUCGUCGCAAGCUGCAGUUCUUCUUUAUGAAUCCGAUCGAAAAAUGGCAAGCCAAACGUCGCUUUCCGUACAAAUUUGUCGUGCAAGUGAUAAAGAUUAUUUUGGUUACCCUGCAGUUGUGCCUGUUUGCGCAUUCCAGAUAUAUGCACGUGAACUAUACAUGGGAUAAUACGAUAACGUUUUCCCAUCUGUUUCUGCGCGGGUGGGACAUUACGAUGGAGGUGAGCACCUACCCGCCCGAAACGGGACCACUUUCCGUGUAUGUGAUAGCAGAUUUCUUCAACACCAUCGAUUACGCCAUCGACGGUUAUGCCAACCUUUCCGAAGCCAUCGGACCGUAUUCCUAUCCCAAUGAGGAUAACACGAUGCCUCCGAUGCGAUUGUGUCUGUACCGUUACAAGGACGGUACGAUUUUUGGCUUUAACGAAAGCUACGUUUUCAACCCGGAAAUAGACUCGCUCUGUCUCGAUUUGGACGGAAAUGUUACCACCGUUGGAAGCCGUGCUUUCCUGCAUCAAAAGGACAUUCGCAUUAACUUCUCGGCCUUAGUCAAAGCCGAACUAACAUUCGCCAUUAAAACGGUGAAUUUCAAAGCGGCUGGCCCCAUCACCGCACCGGACUGCUAUCAGUUCGAUAUUCUAAUUUUGUUCAACAAUCAAGAUCACGACGGACAGAUGACGCUUCGGCUGGAAGCGGACCCUACGCGGCUGGUUUGCCACGGCGAUGUGGAAUUCAUCAAAACGUCGGAAAUCGAAGAGGCCCUUCGGAGCACCCUGAACAUACUGGUUAUCGUGAUCUGUAUGGUGUCGUUCGCACUAUGCGCCCGGGCCAUCUUUCGGGCGCAACUGUUGCGCGUUAUCACCUGUGAUUAUUUCAAACAAACCUACGGUCGAGAUCUGACGACGGCGGGCAAGUGGGAGUUUGUCAACAUGUGGUACAUUAUGAUCGUCUUCAACGACGUUCUGCUGGUGAUUGGAUCCGCCCUGAAGGAGGAAAUCGAACGCAAACACUUCAUCGCAGAUGAUUGGAACGUUUGCUCGCUGCUGCUCGGUGUUGGCAACCUUUUGGUUUGGUUUGGUGUUCUUCGCUAUUUGGGAUUCUUCAAAACCUACAACGUUGUUAUACUGACUCUGCAAAAGGCAGCCCCGAAAAUACUGCGCUUUUUACUUUGUGCCGUUCUGAUCUAUGCCGGAUUCGUAUUUUGCGGUUGGCUUGUACUUGGACCGUACCACAUUAAGUUCCGCUCGCUGUCGAGCACUUCCGAGUGUCUGUUCUCACUGAUCAACGGCGACGACAUGUUCGCCACGUUCACCAUCAUGUCGGAGAAAUCCAUAAUGCUGUGGUGGUUCUGCCGGCUUUAUCUGUACUCGUUCACCAGUCUGUACAUAUACGUUGUACUGUCACUGUUUAUUUCCGUUAUCAUGGAUGCUUACGACACCAUUAAAAAAUACUACAAGGAUGGCUUCCCACCGUCGGAUUUGCGCCAGUUUGUCGGUCCGUACCAUUCGAACGAUUUCUCCUCCGGGGUGUUCCGCGAUGACGAGCACGACUACCUGUCGAUGAGCUUUCUCGAAUCGAUGCAGCGAAUAGUUUGCUUCUGGCGGGUCGACCAACGGCAGCGCGGACCGACCGGAUACACAUCGCUUCUACCAAAAGCUAAUUAAUUGAUAGAUGAAACAUUAGACAAAAACCAAGUUAAAUUGCCAAACUGUUUUACCAUUUAUUUUUUGUUGUGUACGAAACAUAUCGAACACGUGCGAUAAUUAGUUCAAUAAUACCUACCUAGAUAUUAGAACAAAAUGUUACAAAUGCGACCAAAAAUCCGCUACCUAGGCUCCAAUAAUAUUGCUAAACGGCUCACAAACCUAAAUACUAUUAAAUUAGUCAAU